CGAGCGGUAUAUAACGGCUGGGACGCGGCGCGGAGGAGCCAACGAGCAAACAACCCCGCAGCUGCUGGACGGGAGAAGCGAGCAGGCAUCCGGCAGGCGGCGCGCGCUGCUGAGGGGAUCGCGGGACAGAAGGGGGAUUGUUAUUACCCUUCUGCGCGGGACGCAAGAGACGCGGCGGCGGCGGCUUUCCCGCGCUUUUUAGUUCCUCCUCGCCGCUUCCCUGAGGGGGCGACUCAAAGCAGCGAAGGCAAAGCGGGUGCCGCCGCCAGGUGCUGCCAAGCCAGCGCCACGCGCCUUCCCUCGGCUCCAGCGUGCUUUUGUUGCCUGGUUUCGCCUGAGGCGAGCAUGAUGGCAGCCGCCGCCGCCGCCGCCAAGCCCGCCGAGCUCAUGGGCAUCUGCUCGAGUUACCAGGCGGUCAUGCCGCACUUCGUGUGCAUCGCCGAGGAGUUCCCUCAACCCAUCCGGCCCGCCAAGCUGCCCAAGGGUAAGCUGCGCAGACCCCGCCAGUCGCGCUUCAAGACGCAGCCGGUGACCUUCGACGAGAUCCAAGAGGUGGAGGAGGAAGGGGUCUCCCCGAUGGAGGAGGAGAAAGCCAAGAAGUCCUUCCUGCAGUCCCUCGAGUGCCUCCGCCGCAGCACCCAGAACCUCAGUCUGCAGAAAGAGAGGAAGCUGAGCAGCUGCAGCCGGCUGAGGAACAGCCUGGACUCUAGCGACUCCGACUCGGCCCUCUGAAGGGACCGGUGCCUUGGCUUGACCCGGGCGCGAUGGACUCUGGACUCCCUCUCUCUCUCCCCCCCCCCCGCCGCCCACCCCCGUCCCAACGCUGUGCUUCAUAAUGAAGUUGGCAGAGAAUAAACCGAGAAGAACUUCGUGGAGUAUCUUUUCUUUAAAACGGAAAGGGACGGUUUCUGAAGAGACUUGGCUGCAGACAACGUUUGUUUGGCUUUUCCCCUCUCCAAUAAACGGCCAUUGGACGCCCCCUCUUUAUUUUGUAUGAUAUAUCCAAACCUUAACGGACAGAGACUUGGAAGGAAGGAGUUUCCUUUCCCUCCCCCCCUUUUAUUUUUGUAAACUCUGAUAAAGAUCCAGUAUGAAUGUGAUAGAUUAAGAGAGCAGUUUGCAAGUGAAGUCAAGAUCUUUUUAAAGAAAGUGCUUGUAUGUAUGUUUCUAUCUUGGCUGGGUUGAUUCCCCCCCCUUUUUUUUUAAAUGAAGGGGUAAAAUUAAAAUUGCACAUCUUUUUCUAACUAUUAAACAAAUUGAGAUGUUUUAUGGGUGCAAUCAGCUGCUGGACUUUAUAUUUAUUUUUGCAUUUAAGCUCUUGACUGCAUUAAUUUAAUAUAUUUCUACCUGAAUGUCUGUAAUUAUUUCCACAAAAUAAAAAUAAAACUGAUAUAUUUGCACAAUG